UAGUAUGGUUUAAUACGUGUUAUUUAGAAGAGAGAUUAUGGUAAUGGUUUAGCGUGUAUAAUGCACGGGUUUUGUGUGCAUGUUUUAGCGCGAAAGUGCACGAGUUUUUCGUUUUGGGGUAUAUAUGAUUUGCACAUCUAGUGAGACGCCAUUCGAUGGUUGUUUUUGACAGGCAUAGUUAUGGAGCAAGAAAACGAAAGGGCGGAGGGCAGUUUAUCAAUAAUGACGGAAAUUCAGAGCCUGUUGGACAGAAAACUUUCGGACCUUCGAAAGGAUUUUCAAUUAGAAGCGGAAUGGGUUGCAGAAAAUUCGAGAAAAAGGGUUAGACUUGAUAGUUCUGUUUCUUUCAAUAACAUUGGUAACAAAAAGCAAUUUGAUUUCAAUAAUGAACUUUUUGACAUUGCGAACAUGUGUGAAAAGGCUCUUUCGUUAAGAGAUGUGUCCAAGGCGGUUGAUUUAAUGAAGGAACUGAAAGAUAAAAUUCAGCAUCGUAAUAAGAUAAUUAGAAUUGCUGACAGUUCAUCUGCAGGUUGGAACACUGUCAAUGAGUAUGAGAUGAUUGACUAUGCAUCUGAUUCGGAUGAUGAUAGAAAAAUUCGUAAGGCAGAGGAAAGAGCGGUUGCAAAAGCUGAUAAGCGAAAGAAAGCAAUGUUAAAUUCCACUGUUAAUUAUAAUGCUUUUCGAAACUCAACAUCCUAUAGUCAAGAAGGUCGCGGCAGAGGUAGAGGCAUUUUCAUGGGGCGGCGUUUCGACCAGCUGGGAGAAGUCUUGUGUUACAAGUGCGGCAAUGUCGGACACUUCGCUUUCGGUUGUGCGGUCAACGUUGGGGCUCCCGGAAACGUUAUCGGUCGAGGACGGAGAGUACCACCACCGGCCACAGUCUCUUCAGCUGCCCAACAGCAGCAAUUGGUACAACAGAAGCAGGAACAACAGUGACAAACGAACAAGGCAGGAUGAAAUGGACAGUGAUGCUAAGUAUUUGAUUUUUUUGUGAUUAUGGUGAUACAUUAGAGACGCAUUUUUCUUAUGCACUUGAUUUCAAAAAUAAAUGUUUAAUGUCUGAAAAAUCUGUUAAGAGUAGGUUGAAACAUUCUAUUGAAUUUUGGCGGUCUACUAUCAGUGCUAAUGCAGACAUUAUUAACGUAAUUGAGCACGGUUAUGUUUUACCAUUUAUUAUUAAGCCUCCUACUUUUAUAAUGAAAAAUAAUAAAUCAGCUUUAGACAAAAAUGAAUUUGUAGAGGAAGCCAUUUAUGAACUUAUUUCGAAAAAUUGUGUUUAUGAGGUUCCUUUUAUUCCCCACAAUGUGAAUCCUUUGUCCGUUGCAACAAAUUCUUCUGGCAAGAAAAGAUUGAUUCUGGAUAUGAGUGUUUUAAAUACUUUUAUAAAGUAUAA